AUGAAUUGUGUGGAGGUGCGGUCGGCACAGGCGGCCGUUGACGCCCGGGCCCCUGCGGAGCGGCCUCACGUCGCCCUCAAGCUGAAGAAGCUGCAAAGGGAGCUAGAGCGUGCCGCCAAGGUGCAGCGCGACAACUUCAGCCUGCUCCAGCGUCUGGGCGCAGUCAUGGCGCUCAACCGACUCGACAACCAUUGGCAGGAGCCACUGCCGAACUUUCAGCGAAAAGUGGGCCAAUUCUACGACGUGAAAUCGUUGAACAGCAAAUUGACCGCACGUUCAUCGCAGGACAAUUUCACUGGAUCCGCUCACGGCAAUUUCAAGUGCUAUGCUUGCGAGCAUAGGAGGAACAAGGAGCAAUUGAGCGAGCGAACAAAGAAGCGUUUCGGAACCGAAGAAAGCAGCUGUGACGUCCUUCCGUUAAUAUAUUACAAGAUGCGC